UUAUAUCUUCAUAAUAUCAAUCGCACGAAAUCUGUAGUAAUAUUGCCCUAUUAAAAAUUUUAAAAUAUUCUGACAUGGAUCCAUUUUAAAAUGGCGCACGAAAAACAAACACACGAGCUGUGUGUUUCUGCAACUCUGGAAUGCCCUGAUUUCUUUGAUGUUCAGAGCAGUAAUUUUUGUGUUCAAGUUAUUUCCACAACUGAAGUCCUCGUAGGCAAUGAGAAUGGAUGUUACAUAUCAAAUAUAAACGUGUUAACAAAAGAGAGAACUAGGGAAUUGAUACAAUUUAGGAAGAAAGAAAUCCCAUCCGUUUGUUGUUGCGAUGAUGAUCCCAAUCUAUUUUUUGUGAGUUGUGAUAGGUCGAUUUAUUCAUUUGACAAAAGAGUUUCAUUAGAGAGUUCUGUUAAUAUGUUCUCUGAAAAUAGCGACGACAUAAAUCAAAUCAAAUUUCAAACUGGGUUGUUAACAUCCUGUGAUGAUGCUGGAGAAAUCAAAAUGUUCGAUCUUAAGACAAACCAACUGUUCAGAACUUUAAGAAACAAACAUACCAAUAUAUGUUCAUCAAUAUGUUAUUUUCCUAACAGACCAAAUGAAAUUGUUACAGGAGGCUUAGACUCGCAAUUGUUUAUAUGGGACUACAGGAGAGUAAAAAUAUUACAAGCUGUCAAUACUCAAACUAUAUUGGAAGGAAUGGGGGAUAACUCUGUGUACAUGUUUAAUCCACCAUUCGUGCACUCAAUGGAUAUAAAUGAAAAUGGUAAAAAUCUUGCAACUGGAUUGGGGAAUGGAACUCUGCAGGUUUUUAAUAUUCUAAAAGGAAAGCGAGUUAUAGCCCCAAGUAUAUUGAUAAAUCACCAUUCAACUCUUGGUGUCUCUUGGGUUCAUUACCUCAGUCGUGCUGAUCAAGCCUCUACAUCAAUACUUGCAUCAGGCGGAAACGAUGGAAUUGUUAAUUUAUGGUCAUUUCCACAAGAAAUGCCGAAAAAACAGACUUUACCAGUAAACAGAGUGUUGACAGAACAAGAAAUUGCAUCUCAUCUGAUUACUCAAUAUAAUGCGAAUUCAAAAAUCAACUUUUUAAACUCUGCAAUCUUGAAUGAUAAAAUGUUUUUGUUUGUUGCAGACCAAACGUCUGCUAUUAAAUUAUUAGAAUUGAAAGAAUGAAGAAAAUAAUGUA